AUGUCAACCGAUGAGCCUACAACUCUGCCCCUCCAACCAGAGGACCGAUACAUGCCAACCAUGGCUAACAACUAUGUAGACUGCGAUCACGAUUCGGCUUUUGGCGACGACGACGACUUUGGUACCAUCGACCCUAUGCUUUCACCCCAUCCGGUAGCAGGGACAAAGCGAGAGGCUUGUGAAUUGGGAGAUGACGCCCAAAAGCCGAUCAAAACUACGGGUCCCGGCAGAGAGCACCUUGAUUCACAGACGUGCUGUAAACGAUGUCCGGAACCCUGCCCAGACGCCUACGACAUGCGUCCGGCGAAACGGAAGGCUUCGGUACACAAGGUCGGAGAAUACCACCACCACCCCGCCACCGAGUUACAUGAGCACAUUGAACCAGAUUGUCCCUUCCCAGACGAUUGUUUCGAGAAGUUCUGUCAGGAAUGCAUCGUCGACCCACCUUGUCCUUCUGACUGCUCCCUGCCCUGUCCUGCCAACGACUGUCCCAGAGACGACACCUGUUUCGAUCCUCGAUGCACCCAAGGAAAGGGCCACUGUACAGACGACUGUGUAGAUCCUGGAUGCACAAAGGCUACUUACCCAGAGGAGUCAUGUUUCUGUCAAAAGUGUAACGCGAAACCUUGUCCUCUAGGUGACCCGAACAGCGAGUGCCAUUUCGCACAUUCGGCCCCGACUCCCGUCGGUACCGUGUACUGUUACGACACCGCGCCUUGUCACUUUCAACAUGGUCUCCAUGGACACGACAAUGACCUAUCUUCCUUCGAGACAUAUCCUUGCUUUUCCCAGACCCAUGGGUACAACACUGUUGCCGACGACCUGACCACUGCAACUUCAAGUGCUCCAACGCCAGCACUGUCGCACAGUAACUACACCUCUUUAGAGAGUAAUUUCACCAUGGAACCUUCUCCAGCACCUGGUCAGACCGCAUAUUCGCCAUAUUGCUUUCUGAAUGUCUCUGGGGAUCACUGUCAUAUCGAUAACUCGUGUUGCCACGGACCAGGCCGACGGUGUGCGGAUGCUCCAUCAGCCACACAACAGCAACUAGAUCUGUGGAACUCGUCAAUAGCAUCAGGAAAUGGACUGGCAAACAACUUUAUGAACUUUGGCUUCAACCCAAGUCUGCCGACAAGCCCCAUGUCAGCAGACCGGAAAUCGAUACAUUCGAAUCACUACAACCUUGACAACUCCAUAUCGGGUUUCAACGAUAACUCCUUCAACGAAUCUUGGAUGCUGCCGGAAUUGGCGUUUCCCCAUACCUUGCAGCCUGAAGGCGCAUUUGGCGGGGCCAACAAACUCGAUUUCCUCGCUUCGGCAAUUCAAAACGACCUCUUGCGUCCAGACACGACGACCUCUGUCGGCUCAGGGUCUAUGCUUGGUCUUGGAUCAUCGGACGCACAAACAUGUGUCUGCAAAUGGCAACAUGCUCCUGGCCUCCUCUGUCUUGCCAUCUUCGACAGUCCCUCUGCCCUUCACAAACACAUCAAGACAGCCCACGUCGACAACUGCACUCACUGUACCUGUCAGUGGGAAGGUUGCGAUGCGUCAACCAAAGACUUUAAGCAGCGAUCGAAGCUCUCGCGUCACCUCCUCGGCCACGCAGGCUAUCGACCAUAUGCCUGCAGCAUCGAAGGCUGCGAUAAGACCUUUGCCACUAACCAAGCCAAGGACAACCAUGAGCGGACGCAUACUGGGGAACGACCAUACAUUGCUCUACAUGAGGGUAAGAAGCCGCACAAAUGCCGCUUCUGCAGUUUCACCUGCGCAGAUUCAAGUAACCUGAGUAAACAUGAAAGAACGCAUCAGACACUACGUCCCUACCGCUGCCCCCACCCUAACUGCACUUUCAAACCGGACUGCCGCUGGGAAAACUUAAAACGCCACCUACGUCGUUCAGGUCAUUGUCCCGAACUACUCGUCGACGACAGCAUAGAGUAUAAAUCGUAUCGCGAAGGUGUACGGCGUGAGAUUGACGAUUGGCAUAAGAGGAAUGUGGACGAGGGCAAGGGGAAGACUGGGAGGAGGAAAAGUAGAGCGUGAAAUGGUGGUGUAUGAGAGUACUUGAAUUACGACAGGGAUGAUAAUCACCAGAAAUGUAUUGAGCUGCCUUUUUAGUUGCUGUUCUUCUCUCGUCUUCCUGAAGGAGACGCCAAGCAAGAACGGCAAAUACGAAAGCCUACAAACAGGUAUAGAAAUAUGAAGCCCAUCAGCCCUUCGGGGCCCGACGA